UCUCUCAGAGGGGAGAAUGCAAAAGGAAGGGAAACAAAGGGAGAAGGGAAGAGAUGAACCGCACGCGACAUAGCAAGCAAUUACACAUCUGAUACUUAGCUGGCUAUGAUAGGUAUGCAGGUUGGUGGACUUUGGUCAGAUUUAGGGAAGCGCUUCUGCGCUCUCGCAGCUUCCGAGUUUGUCUUUUGGCUCUGGUUUAUAUAUUUAUUUGUCGAGUGGGCACACCAGACUGCGUUGAGGGGUGGCUGGGCUGAGCGGUUGGUUCCAAGGUUGUGGUAUAGAGGAUAUUAAAAGGAAAGGAAAUAAAAACUCUCUUCUCUGCAG